AUGCACUAUCUAGAUUUUUUCAACUUCAAGCUAGAUACAAUGCAUUUAUCACUGGUUUUAUUGGUACUUGGUGAAGCUGGGUUCACUCUUGCCAGUCCCCUGGCAAAACGCAGCCUCCGGUCACGUCAGUCCUUCCCGUCAGAGUUCAACCCUGAUCCUCAGUCUGGAUUCGACGACCCAACCAUUGAUAUUGCCGAUCCAUCCUUUGCCACUGCAAUUGAGGCUGGAUAUCAAGGGCCCUUCGCUUCCUACGAACAGCAUGAGCUCGUUGGGCCGGUAGAUCUUCUCCGAAACGGCCAUGUAAACUAUGGGGUGAACCCGAACUUCACACUUCCGCUCUAUCAAGGACUCUCGGCGGCGAAUACCACAUAUUGGUGGAUUGUGACAGAUACAUCAGAUGAGGGCAAUGGAAAACAGCUGGGAGUCAACUUCGCUCCUAAACUUCGAUUUGCUGCUCAAGGCCAGACCGUUGGUGGGCUGAAAGCUGCUGAACAGCUUGAAAUCGUGAACAAUACCAUUAGCGGGCGAGAGGGAAUGGUUGACUUUUCACCAGUCCGCUCAAUAGUCCCUGGCGAUCAGUCCCCAUUUCCUCCAAAAUCAGUCCAACCUGGAAGUGUUGGGGACAGCAAGUACACGCCACUCAUCCAGUUAGUCAAUGCCGGAUAUGAAGUGUGGAAUGCACCUAUCAUCGCCGGAGAUGUGGAUGAGGAUUAUUUAAAUCAGUUCUGUGACGGAAUUCCAGACAACCUCCUCGAGGAGUUCCGCAGCAAAGUCCAUGAUCAAGUCCUCUCAAUCUGUCCUCGUGACGAGGUCGUAACAUUGGCAACGAUCCGUGGUUUCUCAUUUUCCAAAUCCGUUCUGUAUCUCAUCGCUGACGGGUCGGACCCAUUACCUGCGACACUUGAUGGUGGCACAUAUGCUCCUCGCCUUGCAGCGGUUAAAACUGGUGACGAUGAUGCACUAUUCAGUGGCAUUGAGCGAUCCUUCGUGAAUACAAACGGAUACACUAAUCGCGACAUAUCACCCGGGGCACCAAAUAACGAGACCCACCAUCCAUGGCGACAAGGCCUGAACAGUGCUAUCCUUGGAGAUGGCAACCCGUUAAAUAUUCUUGGAGCAAUUCCUACCGUUGCAUAUGAUUACUCGCCUCUCUGGGACUUCAAUCUGUUCACCUGGACGAACUACAGCAUCGAAAAUGGUAUCCGCACCCGAUUGACGGGGGAAUUCGAGGUCUUGGGAAUGGCAGCUGCAGGUUAUGUCACUAACCCAGAUGGUACGCCAUUAAGUGAUGCCGGAAUUGUGAAUAAUUGUCCAGUUGUACACAGAUUCCUGUAA